AUGUUGCUCUCAUUGCGUCUCUCAAUCCUCUUCACGGUCCUUCUCGUGCUCAUUGCUCAAGCACGAGCAGAUGACAAGCCGGCCCAAGCUCCUGCAUCUGCUCCCGCUCCAGGAACAAAGCCACCGGCACCUCACCCCAAACCUCCAGCACCUCAACCUAAACCACCGGCACCUCAACCCAAGCCUCCAGCACCUCAACCCAAACCUCCGGCAACUGAACCUAAACCACCGGCACCUCAACCUAAACCUCAAAACCAGACUCAACCUCAACCAUUGGAUUGUGACAAGGCAGGUGAUGAUGAUUUGACUAUUUAUGGUACAGCAAAGUCAUGGGAGACGAGUGAUGAUCCAGUGUAUUACCUUAGCCCAGGUAUGUCAUUCUGUGAAGAAGUUUACACGGAUCAAUCAAACGUUGUCUGCGUUUCCAGCGGUCAUUUCCCGAAAAACAACCCUCACAAAUCUUGUUCCGAAUGGGUACAAGUGACCAAUAAAGCUUCGGGCGUUGUCUCAUUUGGACGAAUUCUAGAUCAAUGCGGCGAUGUUCCAAACUCGACCUUUGGCUGCAAUGAUAUCUUCCUUAGCAAGCAGAUGUUCGAAGAACUUGCUGGAAAGGAUGAAGAAGGAGCACUCAAUGCUGGUCAUUUAGAUCAAGUAGAAUGGAGAAAGGUAGUUAGUCCAUGCUUCGGUCUAUACGCUGGCUUACCUGGCAAGUAUCCAAACGGAACUAUCGAUCCAGGGUUUGGUGAAGACAGCAACGGAUUCUUACGUUGCGGAAGAAAGACUGGAGAUGACCGUCUAGUAGGUCCUGAUAUUGCAAAAGUCUGCAACCACGAUAUUAAAGAUUGCAAACAAGCAGAUCAAAUAAGAAAGACUUUGCCUCCGUAUCAAGGAGGUCAAGGUAACAAAAGUGCCGAAAAACAACCCCAUGCAGUUGCAUACAAUACUGAAAAUUUGUCACUUAUUUCACACGAUUAG